UGAGUACAAACAACAAAACCAAAUAAAAAAAGUUGAUAUAUUUUGUAUGGUUUUGAUUAUAACUUUGACUUUUCAGAAAUGAUGAAAUUUAGUGAGGAAACUUUGACUGAACAGGUGAAGUUGAUAUUUGUAGUUGUAAAAUUUCAUUAGCUAGGCAUGUGAUAUUGUUGUAACUAGAUUUUACUCAAGGACAAAAAAGAAGAACCUGUGGCCCCAAAAUAAUAAUAAUAAAAAAAAAAAGAAGAAAGAGUCAUAAAUGAAUAAAGACAGUUAGUAUUCAAUCUCAAAACUUUUGCAACAAUUCUAGACUUAACACAUACACAUCUCUCUCUCAUUCAUUUUGGAAUAACCAUAAUCUUGUAUGCACUUCUUUUUUUGUUCACAACACAAAGUUGUUUAGUACUACUAACAUAUCUGAGAGAGAUGCAAGCUUUGUGGGUUUCUUUGAAGGAUAAUGUUAAAUGUGGAAGCAAGCUUAGUGAUGUGAUAAGGCAGCCACCAAAAUGUGGCAAAGGAAGCUUCUGUGUUUCUGAGAAAGAGAAGAAAAUCAAUGGAGACAAAGACCAUAAUGACCCUCCAUUGGAAACUCCACCUAGCAUUGUUCUAUCAAGGCCAAAUAACACUCUUGCUAGGCUUCAUGAGCUUAGUGUUGGAGAUCCUUCAAGGAAAAUUGUUGAGAUGAUAUUUCAGAAGGCUUGGAUGAACACAUCAAAACCACUGAGGAAGAUUAAGACAGUUCUAAGAGUUAGCUACUCAGAGCAAGUUCUAGAAAGGUUUGAGAAGUACAGAGAAAAUGUGAAGAAGAACGCGGACGAGCAGCAUCCGAGGAGCACAGUGGAUGGCAAUGAAUUGUUGAGAUUCUAUGCCACAACAGUGAGGUGUUUCCAAGGGAAAGCUGUGAAGAAAGUUCAUGAUUUGUGUAAAGAUCUUUCAUGUUGUCUUUGCCAAACAAUUCAGUUCAACUUCAACACAGAACAUGCCAAGAUUCAAUUGAAUAAUGACAUUGGAAAGGAGCAAACAGUUGCCACUACAAGAGUUAGGAUUGUGAAAAGAGCUGCAAUUGUUUGCAGGAUAAUUGCUGGAACUUCAAUGAAUGAAGUUGAUGGUGAAUUUGAAGGGCCUGUCUCAAAUGGUUUGGGAGAAAUUCAAUUUAGCUUAGAAAAAUUUGUAGUGAAAAAUCCAAGUUCUAUACUUCCUUGCUUUGUAAUCAUUUUUAGCUAACAUACAUACAUGUUCUGUAGUAAUAUAUUGUCACCAUUCUUUCUAGGGUAAAUUACAUUGACCUCUCUUGA